UCAAACUAAAAUUGAGACAAGUCGCUGAUGAUGUGUUUAAUUCAGCGAAAUAACUGAAAAAGCUUGCUAAUUAGAUUCUUACUAUGUUUUUGCUUUACUGCUAGUGUAUAAAUUGUCAUAGAAAUGAAUUUCAAUGCUUCCAGAAAUGUGGGUCAGGCCGGAGGUCUACGGAAGGCGAAGCGGGUGAGCGACGUGGCGGCGAUGGGCGCUCCAGCCCCGCAGCCGCCGGCUUACAGCCCAGCGCCCGGCUUUAGCCCUCCGCCGUCCUAUAGCCCGACGUUUGGCGCGCCGCCGCACCAGGAGGGUAUUCAGCUUGACGCGGGACAGGACUUCGGCGCGCCACAGCAGCCACCUAAUUAUGGUUACAUGGGAGGAUACCCUCAGUCUCCGAUGGCUGCCAUGGCCUCACCAGGUCAGAUAGGCUCCAUGUUGCAACAACCUGUUGUGCAGGACAUGGCGCUGCAGUACGGCAACCAGCUAGCGGCGGCGGGGCGCGAGGCCGUGCAGCGGGAAAUAGGCCGCUACGUGCCGGUCGCGCGGCUGCGGUACUACUUCGCCGUGGACACGCGCUACGUGCUGCGGAAGCUCAUGCUCAUACUGUUCCCCUACACCCACAAGGAGUGGAUGGUAAAAUACGACCAAGAGAGCCCCGUCCAACCACGCUACGACCUGAACGCACCAGACCUGUACCUGCCGGCCAUGGGCUACGUGACCUACGUACUGUUGGCCGGGUUCAUGCUGGGUCUCCAGCACCGUUUCUCCCCCGAACAAAUCAGCAUGCAAGCGUCCAGCGCGCUCGCCUACAUCGUGUUCGAGAUGCUCGUCUACACGGUCACGCUGUACAUCACGCACACACACACCAACCUGCGGACGCUGGACCUGCUGGCGUACUCCGGGUACAAGUACACGGCCAUGAUAGCCAGUCUGUUGGCUGCGCUGGUCGCGGGCCGGACGGGGUACUACAGUAUGCUGGGGUACUGUAGUAUUGCGCUGUCUUACUUCUUGGUGAAGACGCUCCGCGUGCAGGUGCUGGCGGGCUCGGCGGCGCCGGAGCCCGCGGCGCCCUACGGCUACGGAGCCCCGUACCCCGGCUCCGCGAACCCCUACGCCGACUCCUACAAGCCCUCCGGCGGCACCAAGCGGCGCGUCUACUUCCUGCUGUUCGUGGCCAUCACGCAACCGCUGCUCUGCUGGUGGCUCACCUACCAUCUAGUGCCCGCUGCGACCGUGGCGGCUCCGGUGCCGACGCGAUAGCGAACCGACUGAACAAUGUCAAUUGUCUGUAAAAGGAGGCGUUUAAAAAAAAAGAAAUCGCCUUGUAGUAGGGUAUUAAUCUGGGCUAUGUUCAUUUUAGGCGAUACACAAACUGACAUCGAAAUCUACCGCGGUGAGCGGAGCGAUAGAUUUAAAAAUGUAUGCAAGUAAAUCACUUCGCUCACCGUGACAGAUUGUAAUGUCAAAAUCGCUUUAAAUUUGAGUUUAUAGUAAACCUUUCUGUUAAUCUGAUCAGUACCGUCUUUACCAUAAGAGCACACGGGGCCCGAGCCCAAGGCCCCCAUCCUCAGGGGGGCCCCGAAGGACAGACAGUAACAUUAUAUAUGAUUACCUUUAAAAUAUUAAAAAAUUCUUUGCAAUAAGCUUCUCGAAUUAUCAGUUAACAGUUUAUAUGGUAUAAUAGCCAAUGUUAUAUUCCUACUAAUAAUGACCACUCGAGUUGAGCGGGACAAUGUGACUGUCGUUACCGUAACGAACCCUGUAAUAUAAAUUAGCAAAGUCGUUAGCGCAAAGCCGAUCUCAUUUACGAAUUAUGUACAGUCGGCAUCAGAUAUAUCGGAGCGGCCGAUGUGCUCGCAAAUAUCUAAUCACGCCUCUAUUUUCAAGGCGCUAGAGUGCGCGUUCAGAUGUUUUUGAGCACCUCGGCCGCUUCGAUAUAUCUGAUGGCGACUGCACAUAACAAAUAUAUCGUAGGCAAUUUUAAACUGUUUUGAAUGUACCUACAGAAUUUGUUUUCUCAGAAAUCGGCCGUGUCCUAACGACUGCUAUUAAUUUACUAUUAAUUGUGUAUUAAACCUUUGUAAAUAAACACCGUUCCAACGGAUUUGAUAACAUUUUGUAAUUUGUAUUGACUUCCUACCUCUAGAUUUGUAUGAAGGUGAACUAUAAAAAAAGUUGUUUUUUUAAUUUCAGUCAUUAUCUUAGACCAAUAAUAUGACACUGCUAGAGUCAACGACUUGAAUAGAACAAUUUGAGGUAGUGUCGUUAUAAACGUCAUAUUUUCAUGACAUUAAUGAAUGACAUUGUCACACUUUGUCAUUACAUUUUUUUUUUUUAUGAAUGGGCUUACUCAUGGCCACAGACUAGCCGAGGCGUAGACGUGGCCUACGAUGGAGCGAGCUCGCCCAGAAGGUGCCUGUUCACUCUUGAUUUGAAUGCAACGCAGAGUUAGCUUGGUCCAACCCUACCAGUGGAUAAGUCAUAUUAACUGUGUAAUUUAAGUAAAGGCAACCUUAAAUAUUUAAAUACCUGUGUUGCUUUGUUAUCUAUUGUUUUUAGGUAGAUAUAGGCAUUUUACUUAAAUAUGUAUUCUUUUUUUUUUAUUUAAGUGUUUUCAUUUUAAACCUUAACUGCAUUUAAAAUUAGCCAGUCUAUUCCCAGUUCAUCAAUUGGUUUUUAUGAAAAUUCUGUGUAUUUCCAAAAUACCCACUGCAUUUUGACCGACAUUCGGGCUUAACCGCCAAUCUCCUAUGAUUAUGAUUAUAAACGUGUAUUUUUACUAAUCCUUGCAUUAUAUUAAAAAGCUAGUUUUUUAA